CCUGAGAAACAUGGCUCAGGAGCGUUGUUCCGGAAGCAGUCACGGGUAUCUGCGUGACGCUGACAGAGUUAGAGCGUCCCGUGGUGUUUCUAUGGUGCCGCCCGCAACUCCCAGGCUCUCCACUUCCUUUCCCGCCUGAACGCCCGGAGCUGCGAGGCCGCCGGCGAGUCCCACCGGCGAAAUAGCCAGCCGCCAGGGGGAGGGGUUGGCAAGGAGGUGACGCUCUAGGCGAUCCCGCCUGCAUCUCGAUGGUGUCCAGCGCUACAGCGCACCGUCCCCGACUCCUCCGGGCGGACGCGGCCCCUUUAACCGGCUGAGGGCGGUGCCAAGGAGUUCCCGCGAGAUCGGCGGGGGGCGGAGGCGGUGCCGAGGCGGGGGCCCGUGGCGGAUGGAGCCCGCGAUGGAGCCGGAGACUCUUGAGGCGCGAAUCAACAGAGCCACAAAUCCCCUGAACAAGGAACUGAACUGGGCCAGCAUCAACGGGUUCUGCGAGCAGCUCAACGAAGACUUUGAGGGGCCUCCACUUGCCACCCGCUUGCUGGCCCACAAGAUCCAGUCCCCGCAGGAGUGGGAAGCCAUCCAGGCCUUGACGGUUCUGGAAACAUGCAUGAAGAGCUGUGGCAAGCGCUUCCAUGAUGAGGUGGGCAAGUUCCGCUUCCUGAAUGAGCUCAUCAAGGUCGUGUCUCCCAAGUACUUGGGCUCCAGGACAUCAGAGAAGGUGAAGAAUAAAAUCUUGGAGCUGCUGUACAGCUGGACAGUUGGCCUGCCUGAAGAGGUGAAGAUUGCAGAAGCCUACCAGAUGCUGAAGAAGCAGGGGAUUGUGAAGUCUGACCCCAAGCUUCCAGAGGAUGCCAUCUUUCCCCUCCCCCCUCCACGGCCAAAGAAUGUGAUCUUUGAAGAUGAGGAGAAGUCCAAGAUGCUGGCUCGACUUCUGAAGAGCUCACACCCUGAAGACCUCCGUGCUGCCAACAAGCUCAUCAAGGAGAUGGUGCAGGAGGACCAGAAGCGGAUGGAGAAGAUCUCAAAGCGGGUGAAUGCCAUUGAGGAGGUCAACAACAAUGUGAAACUGUUGACAGAGAUGGUGAUGAGCCACAGCCAGGGUGCUGCGUCCAGCAGCAGUGAGGACCUCAUGAAGGAACUGUACCAGCGCUGUGAGCGCAUGCGGCCCACGCUCUUCCGAUUGGCCAGUGACACAGAAGAUAAUGAUGAGGCCUUAGCUGAAAUCCUGCAGGCUAACGACAAUCUCACCCAGGUGAUCAACCUGUACAAGCAGCUGGUCCGGGGUGAGGAGGUCAAUGGUGAUGCCGCGUCCAGCUCUAUUCCUGAGAGUACCUCAGCCCUGCUGGACCUCUCAGGCCUGGACCUCCCUCCCUCCUCCGGCACCACAUACCCAACCACGCCCACCCACCCUGGCAACCAGAGCAGUCCAGAGCAGCCCAGUGCCUCAGUCUCCCUGCUUGAUGAUGAACUCAUGUCUCUGGGCCUAAGUGACCCCACACCACCUUCAGGCCCCAGCUCAGAUAGUAUGGGGUGGAAUAGCUUCCAGUCGUCAGACGGCACUGAACCCUCAGUCCCUCCUCCAGCCCAGACCCCCAACAUGGACUGCCGACCCCCAGCACAGGCACCCCUACCAACGAGCAGUGGCCUGGAUGACCUGGACCUCUUGGGAAAAACUCUUCUGCAACAGGCUCUGCCCCCGGAGGCCCAGCAAGUGCGGUGGGAGAAGCAGCAGCCAGCCCCCCGGCUCACCCUCCGUGACCUGCAGAGUAAGAGCAGUUGCAGCUCGCCCAGUCCUGGAACCACCAGCCUCCUCCACAACAUAUCCCCGGAGCUCCCUGGGCCUACACCACAGCCAGCACCCACGGACCUCUCUUUAGCCAACAUCACUGUGCCCCUGGAGUCCAUCAAACCCAGCAGCAUCUUGCCAGUGACCGUUUAUGACCAGCAUGGCUUCCGUGUUCUCUUCCAUUUUGCUCGAGACCCACUGCCGGGGCGCUCUGAUGUGCUGGUGGUGGUGGUCUCCAUGCUGAGUACUGCUCCUCAGCCCAUCCGCAACAUUGUUUUCCAGUCAGCUGUUCCUAAGGUCAUGAAGGUGAGGCUGCAGCCACCUUCUGGCACAGAGCUGCCAGCAUUUAACCCCAUCGUCCACCCCUCAGCCAUCACACAGGUCCUGCUCCUUGCUAACCCCCAGAAGGAGAAGGUGCGCCUUCGCUACAAGCUCAUCUUCACCAUGGGUGACCAGACCUACAAUGAGAUGGGGGAUGUGGAUCAGUUCCCCCCACCAGAAACCUGGGGGAGCCUCUAGGACAGAGAGGCUAGAGAGAGGAGGGGCAACAGGACCUCUUCCUGUUCAGCCUGGUGCUCUCUCCUUCCUGUGGCCCCCAGUAUCUCUUCCUUCUCCCUAGGUUUCUUCUCCUGCUGAGCCAAACCCGGCAGGAGGCUGGGCCUGGGUUUGCCAUAGCUACUGGGACCCCCACCACCAGUGGGAGCCGGGAACAGGGAGGGGCUCUGUGCCCUAGAAGGACUCUCAGGAGUGAGGGAAAAAGCAUGGCUGCUAGGCCCAGCCCUGACCCCAGCCUGAGGUGGGGUCUUCCCCACCUGACUUUUAUGCCUUACGGAAAGGCCCAGCCAUAACUUGGAGGCUAUGCUGGAACUGGAACCAGCCCAGGCCUCCUCUGUGGGAACCCAGUGGCCGGGGAUGAUGCUCAUGCCCUAGCUGUUUGCACUUGGUGUGUGGUUUGGCUCUUUGCUUUUCUUUUGAAAUGGCCCUGUGGUCAAAGAGCUGUUCCCCCCCCCCCCAGAGGUCUCCCUUUGCUCUUAGGCCUCCUAGGGGCCAUGGGGACUUGGAAGCAAAGCCAGAGAACUCGCCCUCCCCUGGAGAGCCAUGGAACUCACAGAGUUCCAUGCUUCGGUUAUCAGCUUCUGCUGGGGCCUCCUGUGAACACCUCACGUCUGCCCACCCAUCUGUGGUCAAAAGUAGGAUCAGUGUGGGUGACAGCGGGAGUAUUUAUGAAAAUAAAAUGACUUUUCCUGGAGUA